AUGGAGACAGAAUCAUCCUCGAGAAAGCUGAUGGAGGCCGACUCGGCCAAAUCCCCCGGCCGCAUCCGGAGAGGCAGAUGCAUCUGCCUCUCCGUGACCGCGGCCCUUCUGGCCCUGGGCCUCCUCCUCCUAAUCCUCGGCCUCACCGUGUUCAAGGCCCGGCAUCCCACCACGCGGAUGGACUCCGUGGCCCUGGACGACCUCGACUUCUCGGUGGACCUCGCCCGCCUCCGCGUGGUCGUGAACGUGAGCCUGGCCCUAGGCCUCACCGUCCACAACCCGAACCGCGUCGGCUUCAAGUACCACGACGGCACGGCCCUCCUCCGCCACCGCGGCAACGAAAUAGGGGAGGUCCCCGUCCCGGCCGGGAGGAUCGGGGCGAGGGACACGCGCUCCCUCAACCUCACCCUCGCCCUGAUGGCCGACCGCAUCGUCUCGGACUCGACCCUGUUCAACGACGUCGUUUCCGGGACUUUGCCAAUCCAGGCUUACGUGAAGCUAUCCGGGAAGGUGAGGAUAGUGUUCAGCAUUCAUGUGGCGACGUACACGACCUGUGAUGUGGAUGUCAUACUCAGCAAUCGGACUCUUUCGAAUCUCAAGUGUCAUUACAGGACCAAGCUCUGA